UUAACAGACUGGACUCGGCCAUGGUUACAGUUUCUCCUGAUGUAGUGUCAUCCAUCAUUUACAGCAAGUUGGCCUUAUCCCAGUACAUACCACCAGGUUGCGUCAUAUACAGUGGACAGUGCACAGUUACCAUGACAAAUGAAACAGACAUUUGUGUUGGAGUGAACAGCACAAUGCUGCAGCUCAAUCUUGACAGCGGACUGAUGAACAGAAGUUUCUGUCACUUUGCUGUAGAGGAAUUUGCUUGUGCCUCACUGUCAUCGUUGAAAGCAAAUGAUCUGGCAGCGAUGUUGGCGUGUGAUCGCUCCUCCAACUCAAGCAGCUCAAGACCCGUCUGGAAGCUUCUCCUCUCCAAAGCCUCACGUGUGGCUGGAUGAAGCUCUGGGAUCUUCUAAGCAACAAGACUCUGGACCCCAAAAAUCCUGUUCUGUCGAUGGUUUUGGACGCUAUACGAGAAAUCCGAUUGGACACAUUGAGCGUGGACAGUCUGAAUGAUCCUGCCGUCAUCCAGCUGUGGUUCAACCACCGGCUUCGUCCAUUCCUGCCAGCAGUUUCCCCUGACUUCCUUUCAUGUCUCACCACAAAGGGAUUGAACUGCAGCACCUACCAGCACAUUUUGCAGAUUUUGGGCAGUCUCCAGCCACACAUGACGCUCCAGAGGCAGAUGACAGUCUACACACACUUCAUCAAGGUUUAUCUGACGCGCAACACCACUGCAGACGUCAGCUGCAGCUUAAACAUUAACAACAGUGGAGAAUGGCUGCAGAAGAACUUGGGAGGUUUCUCAGCCCUCGCGUCCUUCCAAGACCUGCGGACGCUCUAUCCUAAGUUUUCAGCGAUGGAAGCCCUACCACAGCUGACAGUCAGACAGCUGGCAGAGGUGUCCGCCACACCUGGCCAGCUCACCGAUCCUGCCCAGGUUACCAUGGUGACUAAACACAUCCCCGACCAACUCCUCCCUGCCUUCUUUGAUGAUUACUCAACUGCUAUCCUGGGUCAUGAAAACAUGUUCCCGCCUGCGGUGAGGUCAGCCAUGUUGCAAGUUGUGUUCGAUCGUGCAAACCUCUCAGAUCACUCAGUAGGGGAUUCAGUUGUGUUGCUGUGGCUCCACAACCGACUCUCCCCCCUGCUGGUCAACCUGUCACCGAGCCAUGUCGCACCGUUCUUCAACAUACUGGCGGGAAGAAACUGCAGUACCAAGCAGCAGGGAGUCGAAGGACUGAAUUCAACAAUCUCCUCGCUCAGUGAAGUUACACAGCAAGAAAUCUACAAUCACAUCAUUCAGACUCUCAAAGGACCAAUACCUCUCCAGUGCUACGGUGACAACUACAACCAAAGUUUCUACAGUUUCUUGGAGCGCUCAUUCGUGGGAUUCCAGUUCCCCAACCUGACCACCUUCCUGUCCCUCAUGCCUGUCAACAGGACGCAUCAGCUGGUGAACUCCAUGCCUCCAUCAGCUCUUGGGGAUUUUCUCCGUCGCCCUGAUGUUGUCGACAACGAUGCAAAGCUCUGUGUGAUCUACGACAACUACAUGCAGACACCGUUGUUCCUGGAGACUGAGUCUCUCCCGGCUGCGGUGCGGCGGCCCACACUGCCUUGCGUCUGGCCCAUGGCUCUCAGCAGCUCUAAGAGGUCAGAGGUCAACGCUUGGUUUGACCAACGCCUCCAGAACUACUUGGUCUUCCUCACUAAGAGUCUGAUCAGCCCCAAUAGCACAAACACCACCUCCUGCCUGGCCUUCCAAAAGCUCGUUUCAGUUCUUGGUGAAUACAACUACACUGCUGCAGACUUUACAUUGCAAGAUGUGUUCAACACCAUCAAAGCCUAUCUCACCUCAGUACCAACUUUGCCAAGGUGUUACAAUAACAAGGACCCAGAACUAAACUCUACAGCCUGGUUUGCUGAGUACAUCGGCCCUUUCAUGCCUUUCCUGACUCUGGAGGAAUUCCAGUCAUUAGGAUCUGCACAGGAUAUCCAGGUGUUCACAGUGAACCCUCUGAACAUUGCCCUCCUCAACCACUCCGCCUUACCUCCCAACCUCACCAACUACUACACAGAGCUUGUUUAUCUACAGGACAGCAACUUUAACCCCCUACUUCUUCCUCUGUUGUGUCGGUGUGUCGUUCCUGGUCCAGCAUUCAGCCAGCUAACUUCAGAAGAAAGUAUAAUAGUUCUGCACAACCUGACCACUCUCUGCACAGACCUGGACCCACAGAUUUCUGCAGCUUUGGCGGGUAACCUUGGUGACAGCAUUGAUGCCACGGCCAUUUCUGCCCUUGGCAACGAAAGCACCGGCAUGUCCACUGGUCAGAUCGCGAUGAUAAAGCCUCAGGACCUAUUUUCUUCCCUCAGCAUCCUCAGCAGUGUUUUGGGCUGGAACGAAGGUCAGGCCAAGACCAUUGUCCUGUCUCUGAUGUCUUCAGGGUUGUUCCAGAUCAACAGUGCGUCGUCGUUGUUCCAGCUGGGCUCUCUUGUUGUGGGUAUACCCUCGACAACGUUCAACAGCAUCAGCGGCUCUCAGCUGAUUUCUGCAUCCAAAAAUCCAUCAUUUCUGGGACACUUGAUGACCGCUCCACAGAUCGUCCAGCAGACCUUUGUUACUCAGAUCAUAUCCGUGAGCAACAGCAGUGAGACGAUCAUAGAGAACGUUCCAGAUGAUUUGGCCACUGAGAUCCCUCGUCCUCUGCUGUUGGGCUUCUCAAAUACCUUCAGCUUCAUCAGCAGACUCAACAAGAAGAAAUGGAAACGGCAGCAGGUUGAGUUGUUCUUCAAUGUAAUAGCAGUGGAAACUGCGACCGAAACUCUGGGAAGUCCAAACAAUUUGUCAUCCUCAGUGCUGCAAGGGUUCACAUGUACCGGAGUGAGGACCAUUAGUAAGGUGCAGAUCAAGAAGCUGAUCAAAGCCUGCCGGAGGAAAGGCAGGGACAAGGUCACACUGGUGGAGACUCAGUUGACAUGCAUGUACAACUACAUUAAAGUGGACUCAGAGGCCACCAGCUUCAACCUCUAUCCUCCUGAUAUGCUGCUGUACUAUGAUUACUCCCUGGUGCCACAGGCCAGCUGCAGGUCCUAUUUUGAACAGCUGGCGGAUGCAGACUUCUCCAUUUUCUCCUCCACCCUCGGCUACAAGCUGACCGCUCUGUUUGCUAAUGCCAGGACCUGCCUGGGUAUAACAAGCACAAGUUUGACUGAGGACAAUAUAUCAGUGUUGGGAAACAUGUGCUGCACUCUGGAUGCGUCCUACAUCGAGAACUCUGAUCCGUCCAUCUUGGAAAAACUCAAGAACUGCCCAUCCCUCACCACCAAUCAGGCCGCCGCUGUUGAAACUCUGCUGCUGAGCGGAAAAACACCGUACGGAACUCCAUCAACGUGGAAUGAACAGACUCUGAGGGACCUCGGGAUGUUACCGCUGUAUCUGACUUCAACCUUCUAUGACAACUUCGACAAAAAAACAAAGCAGCGUUUUUUGAGAUACUUCCUGACAGUUCUUAAGAGCAACAGAGUGAGCAGAAACAUGAGGAGAAGGAUGAAGAGAGAAAUAAGAAAAUCCAUUAAGAAUAAGUCAAAGCGGUCUAUAGAAAACGAGUGCACCGUAGGAAUGAUCAGCCAGGUGACCAUCAGCGAUGAGACGUUCCCCUUCAACUAUGACGACAUAACCCAGUUCAACUGCUGCCUCAGAGCCACCACUGUCAAAGACAACUUGGAUGCAAUCACCAAGAAGGUGGACGAGGAGGAAUACCUCACCAUUGUUCUCAGCAAACUGAAAGAGGCUUAUUCUGCCAGCUCUACCAUCCCAGAAAGUCAGGUUCAGGUCUUAGGCCCGGCGUCCCGUGUGGCCACAAUUGUUGACAUCAACAUGUGGGUCAUCACUGAGGUCGACACACUCUCCUCUUUGAUGGACUCGUCGAACGGGGAGUGGGACCCGAGCCUGGCUAAGGCCAUCAUCUCUAAGUAUCUGAGUAAGAAAGGCAACAAACUGGGCAGUGCUGAGCUCAACAUCAUCGGAGGUACCAACCUGUGCUCCCUGGACGUUGAUGUUUUGAAGAACAUUUCCCAAGAAAGCCUCAAAAACGCUGAUGCACUGACCCUGUCCAACUGCACCACGGAGCAAAAGAAAGAACUGUUCACCAUCGCCGUACAAGCCUUUGCCACAAGCACACGCUCUCAAACUGUUCCUCCUACCAUCUACCAGCUCAUUCAACCUUACCUUGGGGGUGCACUUUUGGCCUAUGUCAAAAGUUUGGCAGCCUCCAAUAUCAGCAUGGAUAUGCCAACCUUCACCAGCCUGAAUGAGAGCGUCUUACUGAACCUGUCUGUCACUGAAGUUCAAGGUCUUCUUGGCACCAACCUGCCGGAUUUGAAGUCCUAUGAAAACCAAACGCUGGUACAGAGCUGGAUCCGCUCGCAGCGUCAGUCAGAGCUUGACACGCUGGGAGUGGGGCUCGUGGGAGGCAGGGCGGACCCCAUCACCACCAACUCUCCUGCUACUACAACCUCAUCAUUGACAACUACUGCUGGGUCUGGAUCCAGCAGCUCCACAGCAGGAUCAGGAUCUUCUACCACCACGGGUAACAAUGGCGGCCGCAUCCGAGCAGACGCUGGCUUCUCCUUCCUUGCUCUCCUCGCACUACUCGUCGCUUCUCAGCACAUUCUUGUAUGAAGAAACACAUAGGUAAUUAUUAUAACUGAUCCACUGAUUGAAGGAAAUACUGUAAAAGAGCUGAUGCUGACAGCCACAGUUACCUCAAACCAUAAGUGACUUAAAAUUGUAUUUGCUACAAGCUGAACUGUUAUGAUAUAUGUAAUGUGCAAUAAGAAUGUAGUAGAUGUGAAUAAUGUGUUCUUUAUUAAUUGAUCCUUUAAAGCCUUUUCACAUUUACUUGUUUUACUUAUCCACUUGUUACAAUUAUUAAAAUGAAGGGUUAACAGAAUAAUUAAGGGUGAGAGUUUCUACUGUAUUUGUGUUGAUGUAAUCAUGUGUAUCCACUGUGAGACUUUACUUUCUUUAAGCAGGCUCACCCUGAAAAUGCCCAGAGCUGUAUGAGAUUACAAAAAAUCUAAUAAAUGCACAUUGUAUGUAGCUGCACAAUCA